AUGAUUAAAGUACUCUUAGUUUGUGAUUUUUAUGAAACGAAAAACAUUCCGGACUCGGUGUUUACGGUGAAAAAAAACGUAACCUUAUUUCCGAUUUCUAAUAUUCCUUUAAUUGAGUAUAUACUGGAGCUGCUCUUCAAAAACAACUUCACGGAGAUCGUACUUGCUGGCUCAAGCGUGUCUAUUGUGUUCGAAUAUCUGAAGAGAACAAAAUAUAACAAGCUGCUGAGUAUUAACUGUCUAUCGAAUAGCCACACUUCGCUUGGUGACAUUCUGAGAGAAAUCGAUGAAAAGGAUUGGCGGGUCGACAAUUUGCUCGUGUACUACGCAAACACUUUCGUGAACUACGAUUUGCGCUUCAUGUUGGAUGAACACUUCAAGUCAAAGAAAAGUAACAAAAAUGUCAUCCUCACAACCAUCUUAUUUGACGAAAAAACCAGGAAGAUGAACAAUCUGUAUGCACUGUGUGGAUCCGAGAUCGUAUACUACGAAGAACAGAGCAAAAAGGGAAACGUUAAAGCGGAUGUGUGGAACCUGAUAGAAAGGUAUGGAACGGUGGACUUUGCCUCUAAUCUGUCGAAGUCGCGUGUGUUCGUAAUUUCCUCAGAGGCGUUCCCUCUUUUUACUGAAAACUUUGAUUUCCAAAGUAUCGAAGAUUUGAUCAAGGGGUUCCAGGUGUUCAACGCUUACGGGUACAAGAUAAAUGCGAUUCUCUCGGACGCGAUCCCCUACAAGCGAACGCGUACCAUGAAAGAGAUCAUAAACAUCUCAACCAUCAGUUUGAACAGUCUAUCGUUCACUUCACACGUUGUCACGCAAUACAGUGAGAAAAUAGGCACGUGCCCUGGGAGUGUCGAGAACCAGGCCGGCGAGAACAUGAUGAGCCUUGGUGUUGCAUAUGGGAAGUCGAUCACAACCCUGCAAGAUUAUUUUGACAUAAAUACCGAUUUUCGAUCGAGAAGAUCUUCUCCCUUCUCUCUUGAGGAUUACAUCAACUACCCUGAAAAACACUACACAUGCAGGGACGGGAAUUAUAUCAUCGACGACAUCCAAGUGAACUGCUCCAUAGAUAAGUCAGUUUUGGGCAAAUCCAAGGUAACAGAGUAUACUACGAUAAAGUCUUCGAACAUAUGUAAUGGAUGUGUGAUCAAAGCGAAUGUGAUACAAGAUUGUAUUUUGUGGGAUGAUGUGAGCGUUAGCAAGAACUUGAGUGAGUGCUUGGUGAUAUCGAACGGUGAGGACGGGAUUAUUUAUCUAAAUCAGAUUGAUGAAACGGACGAGAGUGUGGACGAGAAUGUGGAAGAGUUUGAGAGCACGUUCUUUACGGACGUUGUGGACUAUUUGUUGGCUAUGUACAAAGAUGUAUCGAAUUUUAGGAUGGAUAUUGAUGAGGUCCUGAAACAGGUAAAUCUUCUACGUAUCGUUUGGAAUGCGUCUAGAUUCGAUUUGGUCGAGGCUUUUGGCAUCUUUUUGGCCGAGACAUAUGAUCAAAAUGAUAAGGAAGGAUCGACCAUCAACGCGUCUCUCUUCUUUCCGAUUUUAAUCGGAAUCACAGAAGAUUCAAAUUCGCAGGAUCUGCUUUUGACAUCGAUUAAUGCCCACCUCAUAGGGUUGGAUAAUGGAGGAAAAAAGGAAAUUGUAAGUAGGUACGGAUUUCUUCUUUUAGAGGAUGGUCUUGUCUCAAGAGCUGCUAUAAAAAAAUAUAGAAAUUUAAUCAAAAAAAAUCUUAUUUAAAUAAAAGAAUC